AUGGAGCAGUUUGGGCAUGCUAUGCUCCAUUUCCAGGCGGCGGAGCAGUUUGGGCAUGCUAUGCUCCAUUUCCAGGCGGCGGAGCAGUUUGGGCAUGCCAUGCUCCAUUUCCAGGCGGCGGAGCAGUUUGGGCAUGCUAUGCUCCAUUUCCAGGCGGCGGAGCAGUUUGGGCAUGCUAUGCUCCAUUUCCAGGCGGCGGAGCAGUUUGGGCAUGCUAUGCUCCAUUUCCAGGCGGCGGAGCAGUUUGGGCAUGCCAUGCUCCAUUUCCAGGCGGCGGAGCAGUUUGGGCAUGCUAUGCUCCAUUUCCAGGCGGCGGAGCAGUUUGGGCAUGCUAUGCUCCAUUUCCAGGCGGCGGAGCAGUUUGGGCAUGCUAUGCUCCAUUUCCAGGCGGCGGAGCAGUUUGGGCAUGCUAUGCUCCAUUUCCAGGCGGCGGAGCAGUUUGGGCAUGCUAUGCUCCAUUUCCAGGCGGCGGAGCAGUUUGGGCAUGCUAUGCUCCAUUUCCAGGCGGCGGAGCAGUUUGGGCAUGCUAUGCUCCAUUUCCAGGCGGCGGAGCAGUUUGGGCAUGCUAUGCUCCAUUUCCAGGCGGCGGAGCAGUUUGGGCAUGCCAUGCGCCGGUGA